AUGUCUCAGAAAAUAAACUUCAGCCAUGCUGUGUUUGGAACUAUAAAACUGUUUCUGUAUAUGAAGACCUGUGAACUGCAGAUUCAGGUUGAAGGAGGGAAGACUGCUAGCCAGGAUAAGAGUCAUCUACACGCUGCUGGUCAUAUCUGCAUUCUUAAAGAUGCUUUCAUGUAUGAAAGCCCAACUGAAAUAGCAAAUCUAACCUCCACAGACAAGUUUGAUGCAGCCCUGGCCAUUCAUCUUUAUAAAGCAGGCAGACUUCUGCAAGGUAGUGAAAUUCCUUUUGGAAUCAUCUUUGGUGGGACAGAUGUAAAUGAAGAUAUCAAAUGUGAAGAGAAGCAUCGAGUAAUGGGAGCAGUGCUAGGUGAAGCCAGGUUUGCAGUGGCUUUCACGAUGAAAAUGAAGGAACUGGCAGCAGCAGAGUGGCCAGAUGCUAGGAAGAAAAUAUAUGUCCAAACUCAAGGAAUUAAGACUACACCCAGUGAAACAUUUGACUGGUGUAGAUUUCUACAAAAUGCAGACAUUCCUAUGGAUACAGGCAGUUUACACAUGUUUCUUUUGAUAUGCGGACUUCGAAGAGUCAAAGAUCCUCUGUAUUUAGUAGAUGUAUUUUCAGAUUGGCACAGAAAGGAUCCCAGUGUCCAUCUGGGCAUAAUCGGACCUGCAGUUGAUCCACUUUUUGCAAGUGAAAUUAAGGAAAAAGUUGAAAGGGCACCUGGAGUACAUUUAUUACAGGAGAUGCCACAAGAUGAUCUUCAUGCUGCUAUGAAAAGGUGCUUUGCUGUGGUAAACAGCUCCAUUUCAGAGGGAAUGUCUGCUGCAAUUCUGGAGGCAAUGGAUUUAGAUAUUCCGGUGCUGGCAAGGAACAUUCCUGGGAAUGCAGCAAUAAUAACACAUAAGGAAACAGGACUGCUGUUUUCAGAUCCGCAGGAGUUUGUUGUGCUGUCCAAGAGUUUGAUGAAUGACCCCAUUAUGGAAAGAGAAAUUGUAACAAGGGCCAAAGACUACGUGAAGAAACAUCAUUCAUGGGAAAGUGAAAGAAAAGCCUAUCAGGAUCUUGUCCUAAGACUUCAGUGAAUUGCAACACUACAGUUGAUACCCAGCAGUCUAUGUAGAGCACUUUAAUGAUGGAUAUGUAAUUAGAUUUGGGUUUCUCUUGGUUUCUUUUUAGAGGAGAUAGUAAGACAUGCAUUAUUACUCUAUUCAAACAUACCAACAUCACAGGAGUUGCCUGCUACUUCAAACUGUCCAAUUUCUCUAAUUCAGCACACUGUCUCUAGUGUACCAGCUCAUCACAGACCCGUAUCGUUUUGUAAGAUCACAUAGGAGAAAUCUACUCCUUGAGCACACGCA